UAAUGGGUAUAGAAUUUCUGUUUUCCAAGAUGAAAAAUUUAUAACAGUGUGAAUAUACUUAACAUUACUGAAAUGUACACUUAAUCAUAGUUAAUAUGGUAAUUUUUAUGUUGUGCGUUUUUACCAGAGUGAAAAAAGGUAAAAAGCUAAUAUAUUUUAGGGCUUAAAAUAGGUAUUUUUCCAAGAUGAAAGUUAUGAGUAAACUUAGACCAGAAAAUUGAAUAAUUUUAAAUCUACAGAAUAAACAGUAGAGCCACAUGAUGUCGCUGUCUACCAUAGAGUGUUCUCUAGGAAGGAAAAUACCCGGAGCCCCUUUGUUACUCCAGAGAAGCGGAGGAAUAAGGGAAGCAGCAGGACUUUAACAGGGAUUCGAAUAUUUAAAUUUUUGCAAAAGAUGCUCUUCUAAUUUGAUCAAAUCACUGAGGAUUGGCAAUGGCGUCUUCUAUCAGAAGGGCCCGAAAGGCCUGGACUCGGCUGCUCUGGCUUCUUCUCUUCGCAUUCUGGGAAAUGGGGAGCGGUCAGCUCCACUACUCCGUCUCCGAGGAGGCCAAACACGGCACCUUCGUGGGCCGCAUCGCGCAGGACCUGGGGCUGGAGCUGGCGGAGCUGGUGCCGCGCCUGUUCCGGGUGGCGUCCAAAACACACGGUGAUCUACUGGAGGUAAAUCUGCAGAAUGGCAUUUUGUUUGUGAAUUCUCGGAUCGACAGGGAGGAGCUGUGCGGGCGGAGCGCGGAGUGUAGCAUCCACCUGGAGGUGAUGGUGGACAGGCCGCUGCAGGUUUUCCACGUGGACGUGGAGGUUAAGGACAUUAACGACAACCCACCAGAAUUUCCAAUGACAGUAAAGACUAUCCGGUUUUUCGAAUCGAGGCUGAUUGAUUCUCGGUUUCCUCUAGAGGGAGCAUCUGAUGCAGAUAUAGGAGUAAACGCUCUUCUCUCCUACAAGCUCAGCUCCAGUGAGUUUUUCUUCCUAGAUAUACAGACAAAUGAUGAACUAAGCCAAUCUUUGUCUCUCGUCCUGGGGAAAUCGCUGGACAGAGAGGAAACUGCCGAGAUUAAUUUGUUACUGGUGGCUACUGAUGGGGGAAAACCUGAGCUCACGGGCACCGUUGAAAUACUUAUUAAGGUAUUAGAUGUAAAUGACAAUGAACCAACUUUUGCCCAAUCAGUUUACAAAGUAAAAUUGUUAGAGAAUACUGCAAAUGGGACCUUAGUAGUUAAAUUAAACGCUUCUGAUGCAGAUGAAGGAUCAAACAGCGAGAUUGUGUAUUCACUCAGUAGUGAUGUGUCCUCCACUACACAGACUAAGUUUAAAAUAGAUCCCAGCUCAGGGGAAAUCAGAACUAAGGGAAAAUUAGAUUAUGAAGAAUCAAAAUCCUACGAGAUUCAGGUCACUGCAACUGACAAAGGAACCCCGUCAAUGUCGGGACAUUGUAAAAUUUUAUUAAAACUUGUGGACAUCAAUGAUAACACACCGGAAGUCUCAAUAACGUCUCUCUCACUUCCCAUCUCAGAGAACGCUUCCCUGGGCACUGUCAUUGCUCUAAUCACCGUGUCGGAUCGCGACUCUGGCACUAAUGGACAUGUCACCUGCUCCCUGACGCCACACGUCCCAUUCAAGCUGGUGUCCACCUUCAAGAAUUACUACUCGUUGGUGCUGGACAGCGCCCUGGACCGCGAGAGCGUGUCAGCCUAUGAGCUGGUGGUGACCGCGCGAGACGGGGGCUCGCCUUCGCUGUGGGCCACGGCCAGCGUGUCCGUGGAGGUGGCCGACGUGAAUGACAACGCGCCGGCGUUCGAGCAGCCCGAGUACACGGUUUUCGUGAAGGAGAACAACCCGCCGGGCUGCCACAUCUUCACUGUGUCGGCGCGGGACGCGGACGCUCAGGAGAACGCGCUGGUGUCCUACUCGCUGGUGGAGCGGCGGGUGGGCGAUCGCGCGCUGUCGAGCUACGUGUCGGUGCACGCGGAGAGCGGCAAGGUGUACGCGCUGCAGCCGCUGGACCACGAGGAGCUGGAGCUGCUGCAGUUCCAGGUGAGCGCGCGCGACGCGGGCGUGCCGCCUCUGGGCAGCAACGUGACGCUGCAGGUGUUCGUGCUGGACGAGAAUGAUAACGCACCGGAACUGCUGGCGCCUAGGGCUGGCACCGCUGCCGGCGCGGUGAGCGAGGUAGUGCCGUGGUCAGUGGGUGCUGGCCACGUGGUGGCGAAGGUGAGGGCAGUGGAUGCUGACUCAGGCUACAACGCGUGGCUUUCCUACGAGCUGCAGCUGGGGACUGGCAGCAUGCGCAUUCCGUUCCGUGUGGGGCCGUACACGGGAGAGAUCAGCACAACACGUGCCCUAGAGGAGGCAGAUUUGCCUCGCCACCGCCUACUCGUGCUGGUCAAGGACCACGGUGAGCCGGCGCUAACAGCCACGGCCACGGUGCUGGUGUCGUUGGUGGAAAGUGGCCAGGCACCCAAAGUCUCGUCGCGGGCGUGGGUGGGCGCCGCGGGCUCAGAGGCUGCGCUAGUGGAUGUCAACGUGUACCUGAUCAUCGCUAUCUGCUCGAUAUCCAGCCUUUUGGUGCUCACGCUGCUGCUGUACACAGCGCUGCGGUGCUCGGUGCCGCCCAACGAGGGUGCGUGCGCGCCGGGAAAGCCCAAGUUGGUGUGCUCCAGCGCCGUGGGGAGCUGGUCUUACUCGCAGCAGAGGCGGCAGAGGUGUGCUCUGGGGAGGACCCGCCCAAGACUGACCUCAUGGCCUUCAGCCCCAGCUUAUCUCAAGGUCCAGACUCCACAGAAGAGAGACAGCUCUCAGAAUCAGAAUAUGUAGGAAAGCCACGACAGCCCAAUCCUGACUGGCGUUACUCUGCCUCCCUGAGAGCAGGCAUGCACAGCUCUGUGCACCU